AUGUCAAAUGAUGCCGCUGAGGACACUGGGACUCGCCAGCAAGUGAACGAGUCGCCAGCAACUGUUAAGCGCAAGGUUGACGAGCUUGAACUAUCAACAGAAUGCAAGGAUAAUAAGCGGAGGAAGGGAACAGCCCCCAUCAAAGAAGAAUUCUUGCUCAAGUCUGACGACUUGAUUGAACCUGGGCUUGCUCGUGACGGACCUGAUGAUGAUGCUGCUGAAGCCUUUCACCACAAGGAGAGGCAACCAGCAAGCCAGAACAGCAAAGGUAACCGCCGCCGUGAGAAGAAGGCAGGUCAGAACAAGGCCCGCGAAUUCGGCAGUUCGAGGGACGAAGUUGGGUUGUGUUCUAGUCGAGUCAACAGACAUGAGUUCUCACCGGACCCAUGCUCCUACGGAGAUCAUUGUCGAUUCGAACAUGACAUACGGAAAUACCUCAGAGACUACAAAAGAAAAGACCUCUCCACAUUCAGCGGCUUGUGCCCUGUAUGGGAGAUCAAGGGGAAAUGUCCGGCCGGCUGGAAAUGCCGGUUUGUCGGCUCUCACUCUAAAGAAGUAGACCACGGUGACGGCCGAGAGGAGCUGGUCUUGGUCGAGGACGCUGAGCGGAUGGCAAAAUACGCCCAGACCGCAUCCGAAGACGGGGAGGAUGGCGUGGCGAAUGCCCUCACCUCUCAGCAAAGAAUUGAGCUCACAAAGAAGAAAGUGCCCACGCCAAAGUCAGACGGAUUUCUGAAGUGGCUCGAUAAACAGGCUCAAACCCCAGCCGACCAAGGUCGAAAACGACGAGAUCGGAACGGACCUUCAGCAAACAGAUCCUUUCGCAACUCGUCGUCUCCUGAGCCCGAUCCUGGUCGAGGUGAACCAAAUGGAGAGGAGGCACAAGAACUGAGAGCUGCUUUCCAGGAUACUCCUCUUCGACCAUCAGAAAAACGUCGACUGUACUUUGGCCUCGAAACACCAAUCUUAGCACCCUUGACCACGCAGGGUAAUCUGCCUUUCCGACGCUUAUGUACUUCUUUAGGUGCAACGUUCACGUACUCGGAAAUGGCCAUGUCUCUGCCCCUAUUGCAAGGGCAGAAGUCCGAAUGGGCUCUCCUUAAAGCUCACGAGUCAGAGGUUCAGGCCCCCACCUUCUCGAUCAAGGGCAGCGACAACAUUGUCUUCGAAUAUGAUCAGAAACGAGACCUUCGGUUCGGCGCGCAAAUCGCCGCCAACAAACCUUGGGUAGCGGUCAAAGCAACGGAGAUUCUCACCACCCUCUUGCCUCGAGGUCUACGAGUGGUUGAUCUCAACGUGGGGUGCCCGAUCGAUCUAGUCUACAAAGAAGGUGCUGGAUCGGCUCUAAUGGAUUCGCCACCUAAGCUAGAGAAGAUGCUUCGGGGGAUGAAUGCGGUCUCAGGUGAGACACCAGUGUCAGUGAAGAUUCGAACAGGUACACGAGACAAGCAACCGACUGCGCAAAAAUUGGUCGAUCGACUGGUGCUAGGUAGUGGGCAUGGGCGAGGGGAUACCUGUGGUGUAGCGGCUAUAACUCUCCAUGGACGCUCAAGGCAGCAGAGAUAUACCCGUUCUGCGGACUGGGAGUACAUUGCAGAGACAGCAUCUCUGAUUAAAGAGCUUAACGAGAAGGCAGAUGCUCUGGCUGACACUAUCCAUGAGCCGGACGAACGAGACCAACCAAACGGUCACAAAGGCUCAAGAAACGGCAAGGUCUUCUUCAUUGGCAAUGGCGAUGUGUUCUCGCAUGAACAUUACCAUGAUCAUUUUCAGCAUGCGGGAGUCGAUGGAGUCAUGGCCGCUCGAGGGGCGCUUAUCAAGCCUUGGCUGUUCGAAGAAAUAGAAGCAGGGCAAUAUCUGGACAAAUCGUCCUCGGAGCGACUGCAGAUGGUCGAGCGUUUCUGUCGGUUUGGGCUGGAAGCCUGGGGGAGUGACGAGAUCGGCGUUGGGCAGACUCGACGGUUCUUAUUGGAGUGGCUCAGCUUUUCUUGCCGAUACGUGCCAGUCGGGCUUUUGGAGUAUCUGCCGCCUAGCAUCCAGGAUCGACCCCCUCGGUACCGAGGCCGGGAUGAGCUUGAGACGCUGAUGGCGAGUGACAACUACAAGGACUGGAUCAAGAUCAGUGAAAUGUUCUUAGGCCCAGCACAUCCCGACUUUCGAUUCGAGCCGAAACACAAAUCCAACAGCUACGAGAUUCAAGCCGAAGGCUGA